UUUGUGCAAUGGUGGUCAAACUUCAAGUGUUCAAGAAAGGUUCACCCAAUUCGAAGGUCACGCUUUUCCUGACUAAGCGGGACUACAUCGACCAUGUCACCCACGUCGAUCCCAUCGAGGGUGUGCUGGUGUUCGACCCGAGCUGCGUCCAGGAGCGCAACGUGUACGUGCAGAUCGCGCUCAGCUUCAGAUUCGGCCGAGAGGAUGACGAGUCGAUGGGCUAUAACUUCACCAAGACCAUGUACCUUCACACCACCCAACUAUAUCCACCUGUGAAGGAAUUUGUACCUUCAGAAAUUCAAAGGAAUUUGAUAUCGAAACUGGGCAACUUCGCGUUCCCUUUCCUCAUGGAGUUCCCCAAACUGUCGUCUCCGUCGUAUGUGAUGCAACAGGGAUGGGAGGAUGAGGGGUCCCUUAUGGGAGUGGAGUUUGAGGUCAUGGGAUACGUAGGCGCAACAGAGCAUGACAUGCCCAAGAGGAGCACUGCCCGCCUCCUGAUCCGCCGUCUGCAGGAGUGUCCCAAGCAAAUGUACGAGGCACCGGUGCCUCGCGGCAACAUAACGAAAAGCUUCCUUACAACGGCGGGCAAUGUCUCCAUUGAAGCAUCGUUGUCUAAGCCUGUUUACGAACCCGAGGAGGACAUUCCCGUUAAAAUUGCAAUUAGGAACGACACCAACAGGGAUAUUAAGAGGUUGAAGAUGAAAGUCGUACAGCUCAGCGAAGUCCCGAUGUUCAGUGAUCGCCAAACCCGUGACAAAACCAUCAUUAAGUACGACGACCCGAUCAACCUCGCUCCCGGGGCCUGCACCACACGCGGCGUCACACUCAUGUGCUGCGUGCCCUCCAGGACAGCAAGGGGCAAAGUGUUUCUCCAAGGGGGACUGAGAGCGGACUGUGAUGACGUCAUCGCCCCCACCACCAUCCUCAACCCCGAAGUCGACAAGAACGACGUGUUUGGGGUCUACGUGUCGUACGUGGUGCGGGUGAAGGCGUCCCUCGGCACCCUCAGAGGAGACUGCGUCCUCGACAUCCCCUUCGUGUUAGCGGUGCCGCAGGAGCGCUGAAAAACAGGCUCUCCAGACCGUGCUUUUUCCCGAUACUCAAGUUGCACUUCGUCAUACAAUUCAUUCAUAUGCAGAAUCACUGAGGAUCGAAACAGCGUUUUUUAGAAGCAUUUUACAUUUGUUUAUCAUCUGAUGGAUUUUUGUAUAUAGUGCGUAGUUUCAUGGUAUCACCGGAGAGACUUUGAUUACUUUAAAAGCAGGAAACCUUUAAACAUGAUUGAAAAUUAUAUUUGCACAUAUUCAUACAUAUAAAUAUACAUACAUGCACGCAUAUAUAUAUGUAUAUAUACACACACACACACACACACACUCACACACACACACACAC